AUGGUCAGUCUGAGUGAUCUGCAAAAAGCAGAAAGAAUUCACACCGUUGUCUUGGAUCAACCUACCUCUUCUAUCACUGGCACUCGAUCUACUAUGAAGCUCCUGUGGACUCUUUCUUUCUCCCUAGUGGCUCUGGCCGCCUCCAUCCAGUCGACAGACUCAUCCUGUGAUGACUUUCCUACCUCGACGCUCGAAUUCACUAGCGAGUUUCAGCAGCCAAAGCCGCCGCUAGUGAAGCCUGAAUUCCAAACGAGUUUCAUUCAGCACAAGUGGAACAACAACCUCUCCCAUAUCACUUCGGGCUAUAUUUACUUUUCCCCCUCGCAGAAUCUCGUCCGUGCCGAUGAGGCCUACGACGGGGGCCUGGCGUCCUCGAUCUUCGACUACUCGAAAACUAACAAAGAGGGUUUGGUCCUGAACAAACUCACCUCGUAUGAGGUCAAUAGUACCGAUCCUACCGUGUGGAUGGGCUAUGUCAUGUCCAAUUAUCCUCUUUUCACCGAGGACUUCUUGAUUCGAGGUGAUGCUGUGUUCGGUGGACUGGUGAAGAGGAACUUGCUAACGAAACAUGUUGCAUCUUGGAAUCUCAUGUACUCAUCAAUUCCGGUAACUGUUUUCGUGGACGCUUGCGGUGUGGUUGUUGGAUAUGACUACUUUUCUCCCGGCCUUCGGACGAGAGUCGUGACAGACUUUUUCAACAUUGCUAUUGGCCCAGUUAAAGUGUGA